AUGGCGCAGGGGGAGGUUAAUCAGGAUGAAGUUGGAAAAAUUCCGGUGAACGAAAUGACGUCAAAGGAUUAUUACUUCGAUUCUUAUGCUCAUUUUGGCAUUCACGAGGAAAUGUUAAAAGAUGAAACACGAACAGUUACCUACCGUAACGCGCUACUGCACAACAAGCACCUUGUAAAAGGCAAAGUAGUGCUUGAUGUUGGUUGCGGGACUGGAAUCUUGUGCUUAUUCGCUGUUAAAGCUGGUGCGAAGCAUGUGGUUGGGAUCGAGUGUUCAAACAUUAUUGAUCAUGCGAAGGAAGUUGUCAAAGCUAAUGGGAUGUUGAGCAAGAUAACUCUUAUCAAAGGCAAGGUCGAAGAAGUUUCUCUCCCAAAUGGUAUCGAAAAGGUUGAUAUUAUAAUUAGUGAGUGGAUGGGUUAUUGUUUGUUCUAUGAAUCAAUGCUCAACACUGUCUUAUACGCCCGCGAUAAGUGGUUGGCUCCUGGAGGUCUUAUUAUGCCAGAUCGUGCUACAUUAUACAUUUGUGGUAUUGAAGAUAGACAGUAUAAGGAUGAGAAAAUCAACUGGUGGGAUAAUGUCUAUGGAUUUGACAUGAGUUGUAUCCGGAAAGUCGCUCUCACCGAGCCUCUUGUCGAUGUUGUCGACCCCAAUCAAGUAGUUACCAAUUGUUCCCUCGUAAAAGACGUCGAUAUGUACACAGUUACUGUCGAGGAUCUCACCUUUUCGGCGCCUUUUCAGCUGACCUGCAAACGCAACGACUACGUUCAUGCUCUGGUCACCUUUUUUAAUAUCAAUUUUUCUUGCUGCCAUAAAUAUGUGGGUUUUUCUACGGGUCCUGAUGAAAGAAGGUAUACGCACUGGAAACAGACGGUCUUCUACCUUGACUCCGGGGACGGUGAUGAGUGUCUAACUGUUAAAAAAAGUGAAGAAAUCCGCGGUAUCUUUUCCAUCACACCCAAUAGUCGCAACAACCGUGACUUAGACAUCUCUAUUAAGCUAAACUUCGUUGGCGAGCUCUCUUCUGCUGACAAAAAAUUCAGUUAUCGAAUGCGUUAG